GACUUACGUGAGAUACGCUGCCGGCGCAAGUACUUAGUUGCUCCAGGUUCAUCGUCCUGAAACAACGCUCGUUUUUCACCAUGCAAGUCGCCGAGGAAAUCUAAGUCCAGAUCAACAAGCUACAGCUAAGACUUGGCAACUUAAGUACAUACUGUCCACAGAUGAUGGGGCCACAAAUUGUUCAAUUACUGAUGUUACUGCUAGCCUGGUUAGCUAAUGGCUAUGAUGUACCAUGCAACUUCAAUGCAAUGUGCCUCUGCUGGAUUCAGGACGAUGCGGACUUUACGAAGAUGGACAUAAGUUGCACUGGAGUUCCCUUCGCUAGAUUUCCAGAUGUAUCAAUAAGUUAUGUGGCCCAGCUUGAUGUCUUAGGAUCAGGCCUUCAAAUCUUUGACAACGAAGCCCUGGCAAGUGCAUCAGGAGUUGAGGCACUCGGUCUUAUGAGCAAUCAACUAAUGAGUAUUGGUGAGAAGUCGCUCUUGGGUGUAAGUGAUAGUUUACGCUCUCUAGACCUGAGCUAUAACUCAUUGGAGGAGGUCCCACUCUCAGCUUUGCAAAACCUCCGUAAACUCAAUUGGCUCAACAUGCACAGCAAUCAUCUGACGACAUUGGAAGGCGAUUGGGGUUACGUGAGCGACACACUUUUGCACGCCUUUUUUGGUGACAACUCUAUAUCUGCGAUACCGCGCAGUUUUUCGACAUUCGCAACCCUCAUCUGGUUGAAUCUCGAUAACAAUAAUAUUGAGCAACUCCAAGAAAGUACUUUACCACCUAAUUUGGUCACUCUAAGCUUAAACACGAAUCUACUCAAGGCGCUGCCAUCCUGUUUGGCCGAACUCCAUGAUCUCGCCUGGUUAUAUCUUAGAGGAAACGAUAUAAAACACCUUGAAUUUCCUGAUUUUAAAAAUCCCAACAUUGAAAUGAUCGACUUGAGCGAGAAUUCUAUUGAGAGCAUAACUUAUCUGAGCUUUAGCAAUAAGACGCUCCGUGUAAAAGACUUGAAUCUGUCCGGUAACCGACUCUCGAAUCUCGGAAAAAGCAGCUUUUUAAAUAUGUCAGUCCGGCGAAUACACCUGUCUUUGAACAAAAUUCAAUCAAUGGACGAUAAUGUAUUUGAUGGUUUGGAAGAGAGUCUCGAAUAUCUAAAUCUUGAAAAUAACGAACUGACAAUGUUGCCGAAAGCCGUUCGCAGCUUACGCCGCUUAUCGUAUCUCUACUUGGCGAACAACGCAGUACGCGAGCUUUACAAUGAUAGCUUUGCUGACUUUGGCCAAGAACUCAAAGCUUUAUCACUUGCUACCAAUCAAUUUGAGACAGUGCCCGUGGAUGCACUUAUCGGAUGUUCAAACCUGCUGCAUCUCAAUUUGGGAUAUAAUAAAAUAUACAGAGUCGAACCUGGAGAUUUUGACUGGGCUUUGAAUCUUGAAAUAUUGCUGCUCAGAAAUAAUAUACUCACCCACCUCAGGCGUCAAACAUUUCGAGGUGCAAGUAAAUUAAAAGAACUGAGUCUUUCGUUUAAUCACCUAGCGGAUAUCGCAGAUGAGGCUUUUGCAGGUCUGGAGGACAGUUUAGAAAUUUUGGAGUUAAGUUUUGCCUUUUCAACAGAUGUGUUUCCGCAACGGGCACUCAGACCUUUAACGAGCUUGCUCUGGCUGGUACUUGAUAACAAUAACUUUCACACAAUCGAAACAACGGCUUUUUACUCAUUUCGAAAGCUGCGGUAUAUCAAUCUUGAAUCCAACCGGCUACACUAUUUACCCGAGCGCAUUUUCCUCACGGAGGUACACGCUGAGUUACGCGAUGUCAAGCUUGGCUACAACUUCCUCGAGAGCAUUCCAGAAAGCACCUUUCACAACUUAACCGAGCUACUAGCUCUUGAUCUAACAGGAAACAGGAUUAGAUCCCUUACCCCGGAAUCCAUCAAGGACUGUCCAAAACUGAUUACUGUGUCAUUGGCGAAUAACCGCAUCUCGGCAGUAGAUAGAUAUGCAUUAAUUGGAUUGUACAGUCUAAGAUUUCUUCAUUUGGAAUUUAAUAAGCUCACAUUACUGGAUUUUGAGACGUUCGCUGAUAGCGGAGGUUCUGAUUUCACGCUUAAUGUAUCCUACAAUUCGAUUUCUACUUUGAAUCCAAGUGUGUCUACCAUCAAUUUAACUCGCCUUGAUCUAGGCUUCAAUAACCUCACGCACCUUACUGCUGAUGUUUUCAUUAACACGCCAAAUCUAAGAACUAUAAAUUUACAGAAUAAUCAUUUAUCGUCAAUUGAGCCAGGCACGUUCGCUCUGGAGGAUCUAGACAGUCUCAAUCUCCGUGACAACCGUAUCGAAUCUCUGCGUAAGCAAAGCUUCAACGGACUAAGUUCACUGCAACUGCUUGAUCUCUCAGGCAACAUCUUAUCACAGCUGACGAACGAACAAUUUCGCCACCUGCGUAAUUUGCGUGUAUUAAAUUUAUCACGUAACCGGCUCCGUUCGCUGACACGCGAUGUUUUCACUGGCACGCGUCUAGAGAUCCUCGAUCUUAGCACGAACAAGUUCACGGUUGUUCCAUCAGCGCCUUUCCUUGACGUUGGAUACACCCUCAGGAGCAUUGAUCUAUCAGAGAAUUUCAUUGAUCACUUGGACGCCAAAUCUUUUCCGACUUCGCAAUUGACGUCAUUAAAUCUAGCUCGUAAUCACAUACAAAUUCUACCAGACAACUCUUUUGUUUCAUUGUCAAAGUUACUCGCCCUGAACAUUUCUCAGAAUCAUUUGCGAGCAAAUUUCAAAGAGGUUUUUCAUUACCUACCCGAUCUGAGACAGCUGAGUUUGGCUAAUUGCGGUCUUAAAAGCAUCCCGCAUUUAAUGCUGCUGUCGCUGAACUACUUGGAUCUGUCAUAUAAUGUCAUUGACGUUAUACACGAUAAUGAACUGCAGAACUUUAACACGCUCAAGGUUCUUCUAUUAACCAAUAAUUCACUGACCUCAAUCAAUGAACUUCGAUUAAACUUGCUGAGAGAAUUAGACAUAUCUGGAAAUCCCAUUAAGCAAUUGUCAAGAGAUACGUUUUUAGGCCAUCCGCGCCUUGAAAAGCUAAAUAUUCGUGAUCUUAACAAUACCCGUGCCGUUGAUCGUGACUGCCUUAAAUCUCUCAGUUAUUUAAAAUAUCUGCGCACACAAACCUGGCCAGACGUGUCGAACUUCCGACUGCGAUACUUUCUUAGUGGUUUGCCACUGCGUGUUGUUGAAAUCCAGGUUAUGGAGCAACAACUUACAGAUCAAUUGCAUCAGGCUUUUACCAAGCAGCUUCGAGAGCUUACGAUAACUGGGCAAAAUUUGCGCUUUAUUGCUGCCGAUGCAUUUGCGACUAUUGAGGGUGCGGAAUUGAUACUGAGAAUUAAAAAUACACAAGUGCAACGAUUCCAAUCGGAUAUUUUCUUGUCGUUAACCAAGCACAUGUCGCAAUUGACAUUAGAUUUGAGGAACAAUCAUAUCAGCGAGUUGAGCCCAUCAGUUAUUUAUGGAAACCUGUCGUGGGAGACCGUCGGCACCAACAUGGUUUCAGGUGGACUGCAGCUGUCGGGUAAUCCGCUCGAGUGCGACUGCGAGAUUGCCUGGCUGUCGUUGUGGCUGCGACGCUGGCUGCGCGAGUCUCGCCAGAUCCACACAGCUUCGCAGUCCGACGCGCGUCAGUUGCGCAGCCUGGCUGGCAGGGCGGUUUGUACCGAAACGACGCAGCUCUACUCGUCGGACCGCGCCCUACUUAACCUUGGUGCGCCCAACACCGCCUGCCAAGCCUCGGCGCUCAGCUCGGCACCGGGAGGCGAGUACGCUGGCGCGGGCUUUCUGCUCGUGACGCUGCUCGCCGUGCUGCGGUAGCUGCCUGGGCUCCGGUUCUUCUGGGUUCGAUUACAAUGAUAAAGCUCGUCAAUGGUCGUCAUGGUGAAUACGAUUCUGAUACGGGCUGCGAUAAAUUUAAGCGAACUAGAAUGAAGUUGAUUGAGUGGAUUAUCUGCGUUUACCUAUACCUAUUCACUCGAACACCUUUAUUGGCCUCGCGUUGACCGGCGCGUCGUAUCCCGCGAUGUAGUCGGACUUUCGUUAAAGCGUCUGCCCACCGUCUUUCCUAUACACAUUCCUCGUCUCAUUUAACUACGAAACUUUGCGUUCAAUUCAAUAAAUUAUAUAAAGCCCAUGCAAUCUUCGCAACGCUCGCGUUGAUAAUUCAUGCAAGAUCAAAGUAAAGUAUUGGUUUACAUGGAAGAAGAAGAAGAAACGAAAUGAAAUCAUGAGGAUACGUAAUAUAAACGAGCGCCGAGUCUAAUUAUCUCACAAGAUUCCGACGUCGCUUCGCAUCUUCGUCCUAUGGUGCGUCAUUUCCGACUCGGCCAAGUGGCCCGUCGCGUGCGUAUACGUGCUAUUAUAAGUGAUUCGUGUAUAAAAAAACGACCGCGCGAUGGACCACUUCGGCAGAAGAACCUUUUGCGUACGCGCGUGUGUGCAAUUUUCGCGUUUUUCAUCACGGCGUCCCUACAUUGCUUGAACGACGAAAAGUAUUAUUCAGAAGUCCAAUCAGACGGGAGGGGCCUGUGUGUGCUGUAAGCAGCCCUCGACGUUCUCAGGCCAGUCGCAAACGUUCUCGUUCGGGUUAAAGACGAGGUUCACUGGGCAGGGCAUGUGAUGCUUGCGUUCGCCCUCGCACAUGUAGUACAUUGUGCAGUCGUUCUUGUCCGGGUGGUACGAGAUGUGGUUAUCCUCCUCAUCGCAGGUCACCUCGUUAGCUGAAAUCAUAACACACCGGUAUGAGCGACAAUCUUUUCAUUGUAAUUAAUUACCGCAGAGUAUGCUGUAUACAUGAUUAUUUUAGGAAUUGAAACCUUAGCAGUAUUACAUGGUCAAAUAUUAUCGUACUGUCGAAAUCGUAUCUUAACGGCGAAUAUAAUAGAGCUGUACUUUGGCACAUGUGUAAAUAAGAAAUAUGAUUUCGAAAUAAUAGCGCGUACGUGCAUGGAGGUGCUUUUUAAAAAUGUGCGUCUCUGUUGAGAGUAUUAAUGACAUUAAUAUACUCUAUGUAGUAUUGCAUUCCAAGUAUUCGUUGACACGUUGACAUUUGAGUCCAUCAAUGUAAUGCAAGACGGUCAACGAUGGCGAACUCUUUGCAAUUUUAAUAAUUUUGUAAGACACGUUUGUAAACUAUAAAAGAAGGCAUAAAUUGCAUGCUGUAGGAAUUUACUGAUUGCGGACUAAUGAAUAAAUGAACGAUUUGUUACAAAUGUUCAAACAUGUA